AUGACCACUCACAGUACUGUGAAACCGUAUGAAUGUAAGCAAUGUGGCAGAGCCUUCCGGGAUCACACAGACCUGCGAGUGCAUAUGAGGACACACACUGGGGAAAGACCAUAUGAAUGUCAACAAUGUGGGAAGGCCUUCAGAUAUCUUGGGAAUCUGCGAGAGCAUGUGACAAUACACACGGGGGAGAGACCCUAUGAAUGUCAGGAGUGUGGGAAAGCCUUCAGGUAUAACUCAUGCCUGCGAGAACAUGUGAGGAAACACACUGGGGAGAGGCCCUAUAAAUGUCAGCACUGUGGAAAAGCCUUCAUUCGACACCACACCCUCGUACUACAUACUGCGAGAAGACACUCAGUGGGUGGACACUUGGAAUGUAAGGAGUGUGGGGAAACCUUCCGGAAGCAUCAACCUUUUCAACGUCACAUGACCACACACAAUGUAGUGAAACCCUAUGAAUGUCAGGAGUGUGGGAAAGCCUUCAGGUAUCACAGAGACCUACGAAUACAUGCACGGACACACACUGGGGAAAAACCCUGUAAAUGCCAGCACUGUGGGAAAGCCUUCACAUCUCCUUCCAACCUGGGAGCACACAUGAGGACACAUGCUGAGGAGAGACUUUUUGAGUGUAUGGAGUGUGGGAAAGCUUUCCGUCAGCUGCAAAAUUUUCAAAGUCAUUUGAAAACACACAGCACCAUUAAAUCCUAUGAAUGUAAGAAGUGUGGGAAGGUGUACAAGUUCUCCUCCUCUCUUCGAGCGCAUAUGAAGAAGCACCCUGGGGAGAGACCUUGA